GCGGGAAACGGUCUCGCUCUUUCUCAGGGAAUGCCGAGGCUGAGCGAAAACAGGGAUUCACCUCCUCCUCACCUCCUCCUCUCCUCUCCUCUCCUCUCCUAUCCUCUCGUCAACUUCCAGCCCUCAUGGCCGCCGUACGGAGGCCUUAGCUAUAGUCAGGGCUAAAUUUGUGACGCCACUACAAGUAACCACUGGUUCUCGAAUCCGAUUGCUGUGCCAUCUUUCUUAGUGGGGCCAACUCGUCAUUUCUUCAUUGGCCGCCAAUUUAUGAUCUCAGCCUUCUGUCCAGCUCUUCGUCGAUCAUACGAUCCCGUUUCUCGUUCGCGCCCAUCUUGCCGUGGAAUUCCAGUUCGUAAGCGUCGUGAUCACCGUCGUCUUCAUCCUCCUCUUUUUUCUCCUACUCUGUUUUCUCCCACUAUGCCAUUUUCUCCUCUUCCUCGCUUUUCCGAAGGAGCUACCAUCACCCCGUACUGCGUCUUAUUUGCCGCCGCCUGAAGUCAUCCAUCGCUCUCUCUUUGUCAAGCCAAUCUUAUCGAAGGCCGGAAGGAGCAAAUAUACUUUUCGGGGGGCAGGGCUGCUAGGAAUCUCGCCAUCGCCAAGAUCAUUGCUCCCUUCUCUCCCCUCCCUUCUCUCCCACCUCCUUUCUCUCCCACCUCCUUUCUCUCCCACUCGUGAAGUUGUCUGCCGCUCUCUCUUUUCUUCAGCCCAAUCACGUCCCCUCUCUCUCAAAUUGUCUUCUCGUAUCCGAUCAUCUUUGACUUCCUAGCCCUUGGGUUAACCCUCCCACGAUUUGGUCGAUCCUAGCCUGAUGUUGCACUCGAUUGCCGCCGCUCCCGGCCGAUUCACUGAAGAGUGUAAUCAGCCCUGUAUGUGCUUCUCUAUGAGCACCACGGGUGCCUGCAGGGUUGAGGUACCGGCUUAGCGACCCACAUUUGGUUUCCAUUUGGGAGAACGACUACCGGCUCUUCUAUUCUAUCUGCGUAUCUAUAUUCUACCUAUGUGUAUAUUUUGUCUUUUAUUUUACCUGCGUAUCUAUAUUCUACCUAUAUGUAUUUAUCAUCGAGCCCUCUUCUCUCAUCUUUACCCAAGUUGCCUUUCUCCUGUCAUGACCGUAGGUGAAUCUAUGAAUUGAUCUGUAAUAACUUCCUACCUGCCCGCGCGGCCGGUUGCCUGUGGCGAUUGGCUAUCGUUGGGUCGGCUAACCCACCGCUUACAGUGAAGGCGGAAGCACGCACGGGACGCGGCGGUCACAUUAUUGCUGUUUGGCGGCGGCGUUAAUCUGUAAGGAGUGUACUGUAUACGCUAUGUACGUUUCAAUCUGUAAGGAGUGUACGGUAAGCUAUGUAAGGAGUGUACGAUCAGCUAUGUGUCUGGUCGCGAGGAGCCAAGCCAGUCCCUCAUCGAUCUAAGAGAGAGUUUCCUUUCGAUAUCCAGACUCGAUCGUCUCAAGUGCGGAGCUGUCUUCGCUGGCAAUCUUGCAUGUUUGUUGUAUAUGUUUUCUCGCUUUUUUUGUUGUCGCCUCCAAUUUGUCUCUUUUGCUCUUCCCUGCUUUUUUCUGCCCUUCGUUCUCCACGCCUUCGCGGCGGGAGUCGAUCUCCUCCGCUCCGCCUGUCUCUCUCUCCGCAGUUAUAGGAGAACUUUGUCUUAUCUGAGGAUUCGGAUCGGGCCGUAAGUAACUCUCUCCUCCUUUUUCUACGGACGGUGGAGAUGCAAGAACGGGGGAGCAGAGGCGGCGCACUGGUGGUGGUGGUGGAUAUGGCGGUCACUAGAUUGCUAGUGAUGAUGAUGAUCCAUUGGGGGCUUGCCGUUGGGCAGCGGCAACCGGGUGUCUGCCCGUACACGACGAGCUUCGGGUGCUUGAAUGGGGGAUGGUGUGAAAUGAUCGUUCAGGGCGAGAAUUACACGUGCCACUGCUCGGACCAGUUUUAUGGCGACAAAUGUGAACUCAAAGGAGUGCCUUGCGGUAACAAGUACUGUCUUAAUGGGGGCACGUGCGUCCAGGAGACGACUCUGUGCGAUUGUGGAUCAGAAUGGAACGGCGACGAAACGUGCUCCGUCCGCGUGCGGGGAGAAGGAAAUUUGGGGGAGCUUCAGCAGACCAUCACUAUUGGAAGAAAUGGCCCCAGGUGGUACACUGUUGUGUUUGGUGUGUUGGGAGCGCUGAUUGUCGUGGCGCUUUCGGUGGCCACCGGUGUGCUGCUUUGGCGAAAGAACGAGAUGGAGAAGUCUAUGAUGUUCCGGGAGAUGAAACCGAACGAAGUGCAGAUGCAGCCUACCUCCGGACUGGCACCCCUGGACAAUGAAUCUCUCAUUUCUAGGGGGCAAAUAGUCAGCAACCCAGACGGAUCAAGUCCUCGUGCCUCUGCUUCACAUGUAUGAUGUAGGCAUUUUGCCCAUUUCUGGCAAGGUAGGGAUAGUUUCCAGUUCAUUUUCCAAGAAAUGAUGGGUCUGGGGGAGGCCAGGGGGGCGCCAAGGAGAGAGUGGAUUGUGGUGCGGAUCCAGCGAAAGAUUCCGGGAUCUCUCCGUUCUGUGUAUGCCUCUACCUCUACCUGUUUUGCUCUGAUAGGUGGAACCCUUCCCCCGGCCAAAGAUUACGUCAGUCAUUGUUCGACUACUGUCUCGCUUGUCGCACGGGGCGGCGGAGUGAAUGCCCUUCGUGUAUGCCCCAGGAUGUCAUUACCCUUGUUUGGUCCAGAUUUGAUUUUCGUUUUUCUUUCUUUUCUUUUUUUCGUUCAUUUUCUUAUUCAUCGUUUGCUUAGUGUUUCUUUUUUGCCCUUUUUGUUUCCUUGGUUGUGCAUCCUGGAUAUGCAUGUCAUCGAGAAGUUUGAAGUUUGCCAGCCAAUGUGCGAGUUGCAUCUGCCUUGCUGCGAGGAUGGCCUCUCUGCCUUUUUCCUCUAUUCGCUGUUGCUAGCGCAAUGUUUUUGAGCUGCGGACGGCUGAGAAUUAUUAGUUAUAAGUCUGUGUGGCCUUACGUUUCUCCUUUCGCUUUUCACUUUUUUCAAGUUUUUCGUCUCUAGCGAUUUUACCCCUCCUCCUCAUGCGUUCUCCAUUCUGCCUUCCGGCAGGGUUCUUUGCCAGAUGUAUACGGAAUUUGUCUUCUUCUGUGCAGUUCUAUCCGGAAAAAAUUUGCGUGCUUGGGCAGAGUGAGAAGCUAAUGCUAAACGUAACCUGUCUUCUAAGCAGUUGUUCCUGAGAUGAGGCGGGUUUAACGGGUGCUUGCUUCGCAGGAAGGCUUCCUAGCAGCAGCCCCUGAGGAAGGGGAAAGGCGAUGGUCACACAGCUGGUCGCUUGCACGCGCACAAAAAGGCGCAAAUCAUCUUCCGAUGGAGUUCGGCUACACUAAGAUCGAAGCAACGCGUGCUAUCAUUGAGCCAAGCGAUCAGCCAAGCGAUCAGGCGCACAAAAAGGGCGAAUCAUCUUCCGAUGGAUCUUGAAUUGUAGAUUAGACGUCCAGUUGACCCUUUUAAGGUCAAUUGGUCCUUGGAGUUUGGACGGUGCGGUUUGAUCACAAGAUGAUCGGCAAACCAAAUAAGUCACGAGAGCUUGUAAGUAUGGAAAGGGGCGAGCAGGGGGAGGGCAGGGRGCGGGGGGGKGGAGAGAGRGGGGGGGGGGAGGUGAAAUGAUCUCCUGGUCAUCUACUUGCCUUAUCAGCCAGCACUCGUCUUGUUUUCCGUUCUCUUUUCCUUUGCUUUUCCGUCUUCUUUUUCCUUUUCUUUUGAGUUUCUUUUUUCUCCGAUCUCCUUUUUUCCCCGUCUACUUUUGUGGCGAGCAAUUAUCUUUCUUUGAUGGAGAAGGGAUGUCAUGUUCAUAUACAUGGGGCUGGUCGUUGGGUCGAAACGGACACAACAGACUUGUGUGGCAGAGGGCUGCUGUAAGAUUUUGGAGUUCGAAAUGUUGUUAGAAGUUCAGCGCACAAGACCUACAGCCAUUGGCUUUAAUGUCCUGUUCUAUGUCCUCAAUCCGCAUUUGAUGACCACAAUCAUUUUGGAGUUAACUGAAGUGUGCAUAAAUCCUGAAAGCUGAACGCAUGAUUGAACCGUGUGUGUAUAAGGCAUAUGCUAGUAGUGUACCUUCACACCUCUGAAUCUUUCUUUCGGUGAUAACUGGAUGUUCAUAUUGAUACUGAGUAACGUAAAAGGAGGCAGGCAUAGUGAUGGUAAACAAACGGUCUUUCUGCUAUUCUUGAUGAGCACAAAACGUAGUAGAACGGACUGGAGUAAAUGCAAAAUUUAAAU